AUGGCUUUGGACGAGUAUACCAAUCUCAUGCAGCAAGCCGAAGCUCUUAUGGAUAAGUGGUCGACCGCUCUGCAUCGUUUCGAGGAGUCGCGAGGUUCUCGGCUCACCUAUAGGGACUCCAUCGGUUUGAAGAUCUUACGAAUCUAUCAAUGCUGGCGACUUGUAAUGUUAGAUCGGACAAAGAGUGAAGCCACGGAUCUUAAGUCGUGGGAUAAGUAUAACUCCACAUUUCAGCUGAUUGUCUCGUUGGCAGAGGCGGUGAUCAACACGGCCGAUAGCGAUGCUCCCCUAUCCUCGACCUCUUCGGUGCCUUCUGGUACCUUUAACGAAGAUCGGAGGCCUUCUUUCUCCCUGGAUAUGGGGAUUAUAUGUCCCCUCUACGAUGUGGCCACGCUAUGUCGUGAUCCUUCAAUCCGCCGGCAGGCCGUCAAGGUACUGCGGUCCGCUUCUCGCCAAGAAGGUCUGCUAAAUAGUCACUUGUGCGCUAUAGUCGCAGAACGAGUGAUCGAGCUGGAAGAGACAGCCGCCUUACAAGGCGGUAUAGACGAUCAGAAGUGUCUCGCGUCCGUCGCAACACAUCCGUUGGGUCCGGAGCCAAGCAGUCAAGCAGAAGCUUCUAGCCAGCACAUCACGAGAUCGUCCGAGGUGCCUCAUGCUGCGCGUUUCAUCUAUGCUUACCCCAAUUUUGACCCUCUCUAUAAACAGGCCUUUCUGACCCUGGCUGUUGAUCAGGCUGGAGAAAGGCAUACCAAGAUUCCUUUACCAGCCGUGACUGCUAUGCUAGAUAUGGAAUAG